UGCGUGUGCCUUAAAAACAGGCGACCCAAGCUGUUCAAACGAGCAACCGUUCCUCGCGCAAGAUUGGGACGGUACCACCUUGUCGGGAAGCAAUGACCCGCAAGAAUGUUUUCGUUUGCUUGCUCUUGCUUGUCUACCUUGUCGUGGCCAUAUCCUCCAAUAGCGCAGGCAAUGACGACCCCGGCGAUGGCGGCGACAAAAGUGACAGCAAGAACAGCAGCAACGACAACAGCAAAAACGACGAAGGCAGCGAUGACAAGAAGGACGGCGACAACGACGACGGAAGCAAAAAUGUGAACGAAAACAACGGAUAUAUCGGAUGUGAAGUACUUCCAUGCAGACAAGGCCACAAGACUUGUUGCAUGAAGAUGAAUCGAAAAUGCGUCUGUAAAUGCGUUUUGGCCGGUUUGCUCUGCCAAUCCGUAUGGCCAAGGGAAUGUCCUCUGCCUUACAUUGCCCGAUGCAGGGACAAAGGCAGAAUGGAAAGGUGCAGUUGCAAGCCAUCAAAAGUGCCGCCUGCAAAUCCAGAACAGAUCAAGAAAGCAUUCUCAGUAAUUACAAACAUAAUUCCCAACAUUCCUGGAAUACCUAAACGCUUUCCCGGUUCGGAAGUGCUAAAUAAAUUAAUAAUACUUUAGGUUACACGGUGCCUGUUUCUUUUCUUCGUUUCCAUUCUGACGACAGGUGAUGACAAAGACACGGUUGGUAGGAGACUAUAAAAUUAGGAAUGGCGACAUGACGCUUCAUUCAUCUAUAUAUUAUGCGUGGGCUUAUUACAUACUUUUGGAACAGCCAACGUGUGAACGAAAAUGUUGCUGCCUUUUUCGUGGAGAGAAGCAACAACAGACUGGUUUUAAUGGGCUACAUGAACACGGUGAUCCGGUGGUUGACCGCCCUAUUAACACAGAAACAGGUGAGCUAAUUAAUAUAUUCCUG